UCAGCUAUAUAUUCCACCAGUCAUUUCUCAGAAAGGAACCGGGCAACGCAAUGCACUUGUGUCAACCUUUCGUGCGUUUCAAUCAACAACAACAACUACCGACACUGAGGAGAACAGCAGGGUGUUCAGAAAGGUGUACUCCCCCAGCAAGGCAAACUCGUCUCUAAUUGAAAGCAAAGAGGUGCUGCACGGCACUAGAAAGAUGGCGAUGGCCAACAUUGUACAAGCGGUGGUGGACGUACGUGAUCGUGUCACGAACUAUAUUAAUCAGUCUGCUCAGGAACGAGUUAAAGCGACUGCAGAGGGCACUCUGUACGGUUUCUUGAUCAAGCACUCGCUUGUCAUGAAAAUCACUGGCUUUUGUCUUUUGCUCGUGGGCUUUUGGAAUCCUUUCUGGUAUGACACCGGCUAUAAUGGCUUCUCGACCUCAUGUAAGAAGCACGCGUCGGGAAAUGAUUUAAACAGAUUAUACAAUACAGGCUUGAUAUGGUGGGUGCAACUAUAUGAGAUCAUUGGUCUCCUGCUCUCAGCUGGCUUUGUAUUAUCGCUCCUGGAAAAGUAUUUCCCUGACCAGCUCAUCACUGGAAAGCUUUCCCGCGUCUGCUCCAUAUUGGAUGGUCCCUUCGUACUCGCUGGGUGCAUCAUUUACUUCGUGCAAACGAUGAAUGUGCGUGUAUACCUUGGGGCCACCUUCAUAGCCGGCCUUUUGCUUUUUCCGAGUGGAAUGUUGGAAAUACGAGAACUGCUGAAGAAGAAGGAGUGAUUAAAAGGGUGAACAAAAAAAUAAAUAAAUAAAUAAAUAAAUAAAUAAAGAUUUCAAAGAACGGAAUCAUGGAACUAAUUAUUUUUCUGUUCAUCUUAUGUUUUUUCGUGGUGUUGUUAGUUUAGGUGUCGGUAAGAUUAGAUACUGUUGUCAAGCUCUUUCUUAUUGAACUACAAAUGGUGAAACUACUGUAUCGCUACAGAGGAACUCCCUGUAGCAGACAGAUAAUACUGACAUGAAAACAAGAACAGCAGGAUAUAUUUAUCAGGUGUGAUAAUAACUGCAAGUUUUGCUCAGCUGCAGGUUCAAAUGCAGAAAUCAAUAUAUUAGUAAAUAUCACUUUAUGUACAAACAAAAGCUGAAGACAAAAAAAUUGUGUGAAUGAAGCAAGUUAUUUAUAGCUCUGUUUAUAUGUCAUUAGUGCUGUGAUCAGUAGAUUUUUCGAAGAAGUCGGUCACAUAUUGGAUUAAAACGAAAGUACAGUCCGCUGAAGGAAAAUCCAGGCUUUGGGUUGAAAGACUAUUCUUAAUCAUUUUAGGGAAAAGGGAGAGAAACUCAACCAUCGAACUACUGCGACAGCCAGAGCUUACAACAUCAACAUUAACUACGUUGCUUAAUCCGAUCCUUCUCAGUUUUCCUUUUUAUUUAUUUUUAUUUUUGUUUUAUUUCCUUGCUUGCUCUCGUCUUUAUUAAUGAAAUAUGACCGUAUUAAGAAAUCUUAAGGAUAUCACAUAUUUUAUAGAUUACUCGUAUGUGGGAAUCUUUUUAUAAUGUUGUUUGUUUUUAAAUUUCUGUGCAUCUCACAUGUACAUGUUACAAGGUUGUUUACAUGUCCCGAGGGAACGUUUUGUCAGAUGAAUAAGAAUUGCAAAUGAUAGUGAAAAAUAUGCUGUGGUUUACCGAUUAGCAAAUAAAAUGUUCUCCGGGGGGAAUAUUCCCCAGCAUUGCUCCCGAGAGAUGAGGGUUUAGAUGGCAAGUCUAUUUGUAUAGGUAAGUUCAUUUUUCUGUUUAAUGGAAUGAUGCACUGUGGUAACAUAAAGCUUGAGUUUUCGUGUUUUAUCGUCUAUAACAUGGAAAUUCAUGGUUUUUCUAUCCACAAAAAUGUUUUAGACUGCUUGUAAGCGCUGGACGAUAUACACAGCACAUCAUUAAUAACAAAGGUUGAAGAUGCAAUAUAGGAAGUUUGUCUUGUGAUGAUUACGGAGUAAAACUUCUGUUCAGCGUGGGUCAACAGCAAGGGAAUCAAAGAGUGGUUCGCCUCCAUAUGCGGAGGUUCGCAUCCAUGUUAUGUAGUUCACUUUACUUGCGACAAUCCUUACUGUGCUUAUACCUGGAAUGGUAUAUUCAGGGUAUAUCUCUUUAUGCAACAGAGGAGGUAUGUAUCGAUGUAUGUGUGUUUGUAUGCAAGUAAUACUGUGGUCGACAAGUAAGUAAAAACUUACAGAGAUGUCGCAGGAAGAAAUAUUCUCAUUGUUUCGGGUAACUUGUUAGGAAUAAAUUACUCCACGCUGAAGAAACAGAAAAAUACUACUGUAGCCUUUAUUAGCAAUAUUCCUUUUACAUACCUUCACAGGUAGAUGGUAAACGAUUUUAUAGGUUGUCGUCCCUCCAAGCGAUUGCGAAAGAUAACAGUCACUGUGCGGUCCAGUAGCUGUAGGAUUAAGUCCCUCACAUGAGACAGCUGACGUGGAAUCAGAUGCACAAUUAAAAGAGAAAUUUAAUCUUAUUAGUUUUAAUUUGAAUGUGUGAAUACCAUGUAUUCAUACGCAAAUGAUUUUUCCCUUCUUACAGAUUCAUUCAAUCAGUCCUUGUGGUCCUGAACAGAAAUUUGUUUUCGGUUAACACAAACAGCACUUAAAGCACAUCACGAGCAACAAAAGCAAACAAAA